AUGUCUGGUAUAACUGGCCGAAGAGUUCCUCUAUCUUCCAACCAAAAUGCCGCCAACUCCCCGUUGCGAGGCAAUACUGCCCUCAAGCAGAAGCGUACCCUGGCUCAACUGCAACGGGAAGAGCCCUACGGCCAGCCCCCGCCUGCGAAGAAGCAGAUACUGGAGGGGGGCAUACAACGUUCUCUGAAGUCACCGUCACAGCAACAUCGAGUUACCAAGAGCCAAAUCCCAGUCCAGCGAAAUCGCAAUGCCACCAAUUACGAGGCCAAGCUGGGUAGGGAGCGGUCCGCCCAGCACCAGCAUACCGAGUCAGCGUCUACUAAGUACACUGAGAAGGACAUCGAGGAGAUCACGAAUUGGGUGGAUCACCACCGUGCAAGGUUCCCGAAAUUCCACUUCUACUUCGACAAGGUCCCAGGUGACAUAGCUCACUCGAUGACAAAGCAGAUUGCUGCGCUGGGAGGUCGCGAAUCCGCCUUCUUCUCCAAUCAAGUUACCCAUGUCGUCACCACCCGAUCAAUUCCCACCGAAGCGAGUGUACGUCAGCAGGAUGAACAGGACACAGCUGCCGAGAAGAGUGACCGUCGUGGUCAAGAGCCACAGCAGGAACAAACCGAGACUAUCAACCCGUCCUUGCUCACGAGGUUCUCUGAAGAGUCGGUCAAGAGAAGGAUUUUCGAUGCGGAGCUGCGGGCUCGGAAAUUGAAGGCGCAAGAUGAGGCUAUCAAGCAGCCGAAGCGGAAUAUGGAUAUCCUGAUUCGUGCCCGGGAGAUGGGUAUGAAGAUAUGGCCGGUGGACAAGCUGUCCCGUAUGCUCGCAGUGCUUCUCGAAAACGACCCAUAUCGCAGCGCCGAGAUGGCGUACGGGUCGCGGAGUAGAAGUUCCAAAACAGCCCAUGCCGAGUCUCGAACGACAGAGGACCGCAAUCUCUUGCGGCUGUUGCAGAACGAACGUGUGAACGGGCCUUCUGAUCGAGACCCGACAGUGCUAGCGCGAGAGCUGCAUCACUUCAAAGGACCAUACAUAUACGUGUAUGACGUUGAAGAGAAACAGAAGCCGAUCAUGGUCCGGGAGUAUCCCAAAGUGCAGGACAAGGCGAAGGGUGACUGGCCGCAGUUUCAGACUGCUGCCCUGGGUCGGUGCCCGUUCGUUGAAGACUCUGAGGCUAGAGAAGCUCGAGAAUCAAGACGAAAGGCCGAGGCUGCCAAAGCUGCUGCUGAAUCCAAGCCAGCUCUCCAGCCUCCCAAGAUGGCGCCUCCUAAGCCUAUGACUGGUAAGCGGACACUGGGGGAGAUGGAGUCGGGUCACAACCGGCAAUCGAGUGUGGUUUCAGUCGACGGCCCAAAGCCAGCCAAGCCGCUCUUCGGCCCACACACAGAGUUCCGCACCAAUGCCUUCACGAGCCGUGCCGCCAGUGGCCGUAUGUUUGGUGGUGAACCAGUUGCGUCUGGGGUGCAACCGUCCAAUGUAACCUCGGCCAUCCGAUCGCAGAUGAUCUCAUCGACCGCAGCGACUCCCGGCGUUGUCACUGGUCUAAGCAAGGAAGUCCACGGCCUUCAACGUCAAGUCCUCAAGCGGAACAGCACAGCUACUUCGCGAGACCACAGCUCACGCCAUACUGGCGAAGCCAGUUUCAGGGACGAUGGCUCGGUCAAACGACCAUUGACCCUAAGUCGAGCUUCAAGUCGCAAGCUCGAGCUUAUUGACGAGGCUGUUGCGACUGAAAAGAGUAACGCCGAAGAUGGCAGGUCGGAGCAGCGCGCGGCUGUGAGAUCGCGGAAGCGUGACCUGAAGCCUGGCUACUGCGAGAACUGCGCCGUGAAAUACGCAGACUUUGACGAGCACAUUGAUUCGAACAAGCACCGAAAGUUUGCGGACAAUGAUGAUAACUGGCUCGAGUUGGACGACCUGCUCUCUCAACUCGAACGUACGUCCAAGCAAAAGCCUUACACCUCGUGGAAGCCGUCCUUGUCGGAACACGGAGAAGUCUGUUGA